UUGUCACAUUGAGAGAAACUUUACAAAGCAGUCAAUUAUCUCAACGCAUUUUGAUUUCAUUUCAUUUUCAGUCAGUCUGCACUGCCAGAGCUGAUGCAUACAAAUGAUACAUUCCCCCCCGAGGAGUUCUGCAGCUGUCUGAAAUUAUAAUCAGGCCUCAGCUCAAACUACAUUUUCAAUGUUAUUCUUGCAGAACAGUUCUCUCUCAGAUCGGCUCCUUGUCUGCAGAGAUGGCUGUGCAGCACGCGGAUUUGCAUGCUGCGCGGCCAUUGGCUGAGUGGAAGUUGCGCUUCAACAGGCUGCCUCGCUGUGAUUGGCUACAACCAGAGGAAGGGGGAUAGGAGCUCUGGGAAGCGGGGAUAAAUAGGAAAGUGUGGGAAGACGUAUUCUUAAUGAGGAACUUGGGGGCAGCUGAUGGGAGAAGCCAGAAAUCAGCAGGUGAAAUAAAUGAAAGAAGAAAAGAAAAUAGACAGGUGUGAUUGCAAAAGCGGGUUUUAAAAGAAUUUCAAGUGAAGGAGAAAGGUGUUGGCGUUUGUAGGUGCACAAAAAAGUAAAAAGGAGCAAACUUGGGACUUUUCAGCAACAAACUGACCCAAACAGGCGCAAACAUGUCUCUGGAGGUGAAGGAGAAGACGCAAGUGCGGGUUGUCUUUCUGGGGGCGGCAGGGGUCGGCAAGACGGCUCUGAUCAGACGCUUCCUCCAGGACACCUUCGAGCCGAAACACAGGCGCACCGUGGAGGAGCUGCACAGCAAGGAGUACGACAUCGGAGGGGUCAAAGUCACCGUGGAGAUCCUGGACACCAGCGGCAGCUACUCCUUCCCCGCCAUGCGCAAGCUCUCCAUCCAGAACAGCGACGCCUUCGCCCUGGUGUACGCGGUGAACGACCCCGAGUCCCUGGAGGCCGUCAAGAGUCUCCGUGACGAGAUCCUGGAGAUCAAGGAGGACAAGUACACGCCGAUCGUGGUGGUGGGGAACAAGGCGGACAGGGAGGAGGAGCGCCAGGUGUCCGCCGACGACGUGCUGGCCACCGUGGAGAUGGACUGGAACAACAGCUACCUGGAGGCGUCCGCCAAGGAGAACUCCAACGUGGUGGAGGUGUUCAAGGAGCUGCUGCAGCAGGUGAACCUCCCCAGCCGCCUGAGCCCGGCGCUCCGCAGGCGCAGGGAGACUUUCCCCAAGGGCACCGACUUUCGGCCACCGAUGAACAAAACCAACAGCUGCAUCCUGUCGUAAUGAGGUUCUGAUCCACAAAGACGCAGCCUGGAGACAGCCCCAUUCAGUUCUGCUGGACAGAAGAAAAAAAAAGACAAACUCUGGAGACUUCAGUCAUAAAAACGUCCAACACUAAUUCUGGACAAAGAGACGCUUUGACUUGUACCUGAGAGGAGAUUUUAAACUAACUCCAUUUGUUGCUGCUUGUUAGUGACCUGCUGCUGCUGCUGCUGGUGUUUAGAUCAAUUUAUGGGAUUCACAUGUCGAAUAAUGAUGCUGGAGACUGUUUAUACUGGCAGAGUGUUUAAACGGUGUCUGUUUGAUGUAAAUGCUUUUUUUUUUUUUUUUGUAAAUGAGCAACUGACAUGUAGCACAUCGUGUUUACAAUUUUUAAAUUCAAAAUGUCGUUUUCUAUAGAGAGUCAAGUGAAACGUGGUGAAAUACUGUUAUAAACAUAAAUGCACUUUUCAAAUGUGUUUUCUUUUUUUUUGUUUUAAAGGCACCAUCACAAAUGUUAAUUGUUAAUUAUUAAUGUUGUAGCCAUUUAUUUAUAAAUGUACUGUACAUAAAUGUUGAAUAAAACCAUGCUGGAUUAUU